CAGAACCAGUGCAGACAAAUAUCAGACCAAACCACAUGUUGACACGGAAAGUGGUGCCUGUUUUUAACAUGCAGUCUGCUUUUAUCAGAUAAGUUUUGACCAGCUCUAGUUAAACAACAUAGUGGAGCAAUGCUGCUCAACAGAGCUCUUGUCUUCCUUUGCCUGGUGAUUGCAGAAGGUGCACAGACGGAACACAGGGUGACCUGUUAUCUGGAUGUUUUAACGCCUCGCACACGUCAGGGCCCGUGCACUCACAUCAUUGUUCCUGCGGCCUGGACCAACGGCACUUUUAACCCUCAAAGUUUGUCUGAGGAUGACUUUGAUGCUCUUGGGAAGAUGAAGGAAAGAAACCCAACUCUGAAGAUUUUACUUGGAUUGGAAGUCGAAGCAUCAAGAUUGGAGUUGAUGUUCUCUAGUGAGUCCAGUGUUGAAAACUUCACCCACACUUCACUGAGUUACCUGAAGGAAAAACAUUUCGAUGGCCUGGACUUGACUUGGGUGAACGGCCUUAGUUCGGAAUCGAGCGAUAGCUCAGAGCUACUCAGAAAUUUUCUGAAGAGUCUUAGAGAAGCGUUUGAGGAGGAGACACGUUCUUCUGAUCGGAUUCUGCUACUUUCUUUGUCUCUAUCACACCAGAAUGACCACAGCAGUGCGGUCGGAUGUGAUGUGCGGACACUUUUGCAGUAUGUGGACUUCAUCUCCCUUCUGCCUGCUCAUCUGGAAAAGGAUGGACCAUACAUUAACGAAACAAUCCAGCACUGGCAUGAUCAGCAGGUUGACCUGCAAAAGCUGAAUCUAGCCUUGCCUGCUUUCCUAUGGAGGACAGGUCGACGUCAUCACCACCAUCAUCAUCAUCCCAGCAAUAAUGACGAAAACACAGAGGAAGGAAAGAAACAUCACAUCCAAGGCGUUGGCUUAAAGCUGGCCAAUCGGGUCUGUCUGGCUAUAAAGAGCAGAGAGGAGUUCAUUACCUUAACAAGUCUCUCAGAUGAUCCCAGCCUUGUCAAGGAGGUGUCGUGGUUGCUCCAGAAGGGCUUUGGUGGCGUAGGUGCUGUCUUCAUAGAUAUGGAUGGUUUCUUUAACACUGUAUGUGACAGCAUCACUCAGGAUGAAAGGGCGAUUGUUAAAUCAAAGAUGAUUAUGCAUCACGGGCGUAGAGUUCAUGGGCUUGGUGGGCAUCAUCAUCAUCACCACGGUCGGGAACAUCACCAUAGUCACAGGGAUCACCAAUCUCAUCUUUCCCAUAGGAGCCAUGAUUUCAGUCACCAAAAUCAUAGACAUCGCCAUCAUCAUCGUCAUGGACACCAUGGUCAUCAUCACCAUCUCCCCCAUCCAACUCCUCAAUAGUCCAUAGAGAGACUGCUGGGUUUAGAGUGACUUCCAAGUUGCAUGUUGAUGUAAAUUAGGGUGAUAGUCACUUAUAAGUCCAUAGUAUCAAAAGCUUUAAAGUACAUUUGACAUUUUUCUUAUGAUUAUGCAUUUUAAAGGGGUCAUAUGACACGGCUAAAACGAAUAUUAUGUUUUUUUUUUAGAGAUAAAGUAAUGUGUGACACACGAUUUACGGUGCAUGUUUGUAUCGCCUCUCUGAUAUGCACAGAUUUUUUACAAAGCUCAUUGCUCUGAAAAGCGAGGUGUGCUAUGAUUGGCCAGUUAACCAGUGUGUAGUGAUUGGUUGAAUACUGCAAGCGUGUGACGGAAAUGUAACGCCUCUGACCAUAUUUGGAACAUCAGGUUCCUCUUCAAUUGUACUGACAGGUACGUCCACCUUACUUGCAUAUACGUUUGGGUGGUCUAGGUCAACUCAUACCACCAACUGAUGUAGAUUUGAGGGGGGUGUGGUUACAUGAGGUGUUUCAGAAAGGUCUGGGUGAGCACACGCUUUUAGAUAAAAUGCAUCUUUUGUUCCCACACGCAAUUUUACGUGUCUAAUACAUGCUUAUAACACACCAAAGACAAAGAAAAACACGUGUUCGUGCCAUAUGACCCCUUUAAGUCAAAUAUGACCUAUACGUGUUCUUUACAGGUGUAAUCAUUUCUUAUUUCUGAGAACUUCACAAUAUAAUUUUCUUUAUUAUAGUCUAUAUUUUAAUCUAUAUAAUGGUUUCUCAGUGCAUUUAUUACAAUUACUAGCAUUAUGAAAUAAAUAUAUGUAGCCUAAA